GUGCUAUUCCAAUCUUAUUUAUUCUCGUUAGAUACUUAAAAAGUUUUACCAGCCUAGAAGUACACCACAUUGGCCUUGCAAACUGUAUUUAGAGGAGAGGUAAUUAGAGGAUAAAACACAAAAAUAAGGUUUUAUGUAUGUGUUUAAAACAAAUCAAAAACUUUGCUCAGUUUCUCUAAAAUACGGGUUUACUAGAGGACUAAUAUGGUUUCAUUCUUAGUUGGAAAUCAACUUCGUAGAUGGAAAAUUUUGUUUGUUUUUCACCAGUCCAGCUAAAUAGUUGUCAGUGUGGUUUCUUUGAUACACCCACAAAACAGACGUGGUGUCGUUUUUAUUUUUGGAGUGGGAAAUCAAUCCCAGUUUUUACCUCUUUUGUUGCUUCGGUCUUGUUUCUAGAUGACAGAGAAAAUAAAUAAUUGUACAUUGUGAACGAAUUUAUGAUAUACACAGUGGUGUGCAUAGACUCGCAGGCAGAUGGUCGUGUCAGUGAAGUGCCGGUUAGUCUGAUAAAAGUAAUAUGUCCAAAGAGACACACAAUCAUAAUCUUCUAAUGCAAAAGCCAGUGAGGCCAAACAGAUGUCCAGACUGACUGGCACCUCACUGUUUUCAUUUUUACUCAAACAUCCGUCCUGAACAGGAUCAGCUCCAUGCACUGCCAGGGGCUCCGACAUACUGAGUUUACAGUUGAACAGUUUAGAGCUUAUCAACGUCACCGCGGCUCUCACAUCAUUUUGACUGUUUUUGAAAUAGACUUAACAAAUUAAACAAGUCUUGUUUUGUCGAGCCUGAUUUGGCUUUGGAUAUAGUUAUUAUGCAAUAGCUACAACAUUUGUUCACUUUUGAAGUGAUGCUUGACUGAUGCUUGAGUUUUGAGGCCGAUACUGAAAUUGCUGUUUGAUGGUUGUUGGUGCUCUCUGGUGGACAAACCAUGCAAUGCAAUGGUGACACUCCUUUACUCUGACCAUCUAAAUCUGUAAGCGCACGUUAAUCUGCUCUGGCAAAUGCCCCAUCCUGUCCUGUCAGAUCACAGUCAGACACAAUUCAGGUCAGGCCAAUCACAGCUGUUUAUCUUAUUUGUUGUGUGUUUAUGGGCUAUUGAGGCAUUUUUGAAGACAAAGGAGAUGGCCAACUCUGAUAUAAAACCUAUCAGUAUUUAAUACACUGAAACCAUGCAGUACCAGAUUUUCGGUUGUUUCAUUAAGCUUCAGCAUUGGAUGUUGGGAUUAGCUACCUGCCUUUGUGUCAGGUACCUUUGUGUCACAUUUGUCGCUGAUACUUCAAACAUCUCCAGACAUUCAGGUCUGAGACGGUUAGAAACACCUGCUUGAGAUUAAAAAUGACCUGAAAGGCUUCAGAUUAUCUUUUGUAAAUUGGUUUUGCUGUUUUACGACAGAGGCCUGCAAUAAGCUGAUAUCAGCUGAGAUUCUGGCCUGGAUGAUGUUGGUCUCGCUCUACUUUCAGCGACUUAAAAAAAAAAAAGCUUGGACUCCUCAAAAUAAGAUUCUUACUUUUAAUAUUGGUUGUAUGCAUGAGUUAGGCCUGUUUUGUUUUUAUCUUAUAGUCCUGCCUCCUUCAGUCUGUGCACACCAUUCACUGUACAUAAUGUAUCUGUUUUCAGGUUUACUAGAAGACUUCUGUAGUUUUGUUCUCAGUCAGAAAUCUAAUUUGUAUAUGGUCAAAAUUUGUCCAACUCAGUCACUUGUUUUUGUUGUUGCUAUAUUAUAAAACACCCUGAAAAUAUCCUGUUUCACUCUAGUUUAAAUUACUGCAAUGGGAAUUUUUGUUCCCACUUUUAUACCUCUUUUUGUUGUCAGCUUCUGUUUUUUGGAUUACAGAGAAAAUGGAAAAUUGUAAAUUGUGACAUUAUUUAUACUGUACAUGGUUGUUUUCUUAUAUAUUUAUUGCAUAUCAAAAGGUACUUCACUUGAUAAGGGCCUACAAGGUAUUUUAAAGAUGUAGUAUGGUCAUAAAGUGUGGACAGGGGAAGUGCAAUCAGGGGGGUGGUUUCAUUUUCAUGGUGCUAGACCCCCCCCCUUGCCUAGGUGCCCCCUCAAUAAACAGCUUAUGAUGAUGUAUGAACACAAGUAAGUGAUACAACUCAAACCAACUGGUUGGUGCUUAACCAUUUCAACACAGUUACUGGUAACAGAAAUGGGAUGAUGUCUUUGUACUGUAUGUAACAGAUGAAUACGAGAUCUUUAAAAACGUUUUUUUUUUUUUUUUUCCAUUGUAUGAAAUUCAUAAUCUUGUGAGGCAUUAGUGGUUUUAUGAUGAGCAUUAGCAGUAGUUGUAAUUCUUGACACUUUUUGCAGAGACUUUUAGGGAUGUGACUUUCAAAUGACGUCAGGGUUUCAGUUUUCUCUCUGUGUCUCGUCCUCAUUCUUCUUCUUAUUAGUAUUAUUUGAAGGAUGUAAUGAUGCUUUUUUUCCCUCUUGACUUGUUUGAGUUAUGCUGCACUUAUUGUUUCAAAAAGAACUCACAUAGAAGAAACCUGAGCCAGACCUGUCUUAAAUCCCUCUGUGAUUUUUCUGUGACAUAUUGUAUUGUUGUUCGAUAAAAUAAAAUGUUUUGAUAAAUUAUUUAUCAAUGAGUGUUUGACUUUGAUUUUCUCUGGUUUUUCUUUCUGUUGUGGCAUUUUUAUUAGAACAAGCUAGUUAUUUCUGCAACAAAGAUCAAUGAAUAUUAAAGUGUAAAGGUGAGGAAACAUUCAGAAAGCUGUCGAAAAUUGAGCACUGUUUCUUUGACACCUUAAGUGCUAAAACCUGGACCUUAGAAUCUGGGGUAAAGAGCGCCCCCUUGGUUUGCUGGGUGUUGCUAACAUUAGCAGAGCCAGCACCACCAGCCUUUGCUUCUCUUUGUCGCUGAACAUCCACAUACUUGCACUGGUUAUAUGAGUGGAUAUACACCAGUUUUACCAGGCGUAGCCAACACAACCUAUCAAUCUCUGUUUGAUAGGUAAAUACUGCUAUGCCACACAGCAAUGACAGGUCUACAAUAAAUUAAAUGAUAAACAUUUGAUCAUUAAUCUAGUCAUUGAGGUACUGACUUAGUAGGGUAUCAUCAUUAAAAUGUUAAACUGACAUGGACAUGUGGUUAAUUCAGUCCUAACAGCUCUGUGCAUAGCUACUCAAUAAAAGUGUUCAUGGUAACAUGCUGAAUGGUUGUUUUGACUAGCAUUAUUUUGCUUAAGUUGGUUUAUUUUCCAUUGGAAACUUAAAUUAUCCGAUUCCAUUGAAAAAAAAAUUGGAUAAUAAACUGUUUUGGCAAUGUAGACCUUGUAUGAAUCUCUAAAAGAGAAGGUAAUGUUUAGUUACAUGUAUAGGCAUGAAAGUAGCUUCCAGUACAGUAACUUUUGACUAUGGUGUGAUGAGUCCUAUUUAGAGCAAGUUAUUAAUAUUGAUCCAUGACAUUAGAGUUUGUCGUACAUUUGUUGUCUUUUCAGCCACUGGGUUGAGUUAGUUUAACAUUUCAUAGUCAUCCAUUUUUUUGCCACAGUUAAGUAGCUUUAUGUGAAAGUCUCAAUUUGCUGUGAUUUGGGGAUAUAUUCACAAACAUCAGACUAACCCCUGCCUAGUAUUUGUAGCUCUAUGGAUCCAUCAACUUUUCUUUUCAUAUCAUGAUGAUCUCCCUGCAUGCACAGAUUUCACCUGAUAGUAAUGUAUAAUUCAUCAAAAAAUAUAGCUAAUAUAUUUAUAAUAUGUAAUAUAUAAAACAUGCUAACUACAUCUGCAAGUCUUGUUUUACGUUUUGAGGUCUGCAGGUGUGUUACAUAGAGUCUUUGACAUUAUUAACCUGCAGUGCAACAACAAAGGUUUUAACAAAAAUAGAAGUUAAUUACUACACUGAGAAAUGGUCUUAUUUAAACAUUUUCAUAAUUAUAAUCAAUAUUUAUUAUAACCACAAGUAUUUAUCGUGUCACUGCAGCUGCAAGGCCAUGUUUUUCUCUGUGAGUCCAGAUGAGCUUAAAGGUUGCACUGACAUGUUGAAUCUUGUUAGUUCUGGUCUACAGCCACUAGGUUGCGCCACUGGACUUUUUUGAGGGGCAUUCAUCAAAGUUUAGGUUGAGGAGGGACCAGCUUAUUUAUCUUCCCCCUUUUCUCCCGAUACUAUCUCAUCAAAGCAGCAGGCAGCAGCCUCUUUAUUGAAGUUCCCUUUGGAGAUAAAUUUCUUCUUCUUCUUCUUCUUCUUCUUCUUCUUCUUCUUCUUCUUCUUCUUCUUCUUCUUCUUCUUCUUCUCUAUCUAGUUUAGAAGCAAUCAAAUCAAAAAGUAAUCCAAUAAUAUCGAAACAUGUUAUAUAGGCUAUGAUGUUCCUGGGUGAUUUGACAAAAAUGGGAUACAUUGCCAAAGAUACAAACCAGGAUAUAAAUUAAGAGAACAUGACAUGACCAUUACUCUAAAGCAGUACACUUCAACAAUACUGAGGUAAGCAUAUGUGAUGAGACUGUCUCAUAAUAGUAUUUGUGAUUCAUCUUUGGGAUUGCUAUUUUAGCCUUUUGUUCCUUAGUUAACCUCCGGGGUUAGAGGACAUGAGGUUUCUAAAAGUGCAGAUGUGGGGACAUCUCCUCUAAACGUGGUCGCCGUAGCGGAUAUCCUGGUUCCAAGGACAGGAAGGCCGCUCUUCCUUUACCAGCCCCCUCUGACAUUGACAUACACUUAUAAACAGCACACUGUGGCAUUGUUAAUGGCUAAACCACCAAUUGCUAGCACAUCAAGCGCUAAUUCCUCAUAGCCUUUGAUCAUAUUCCCUUGAACAGGCUGUUUAACUCCCCUUAAUCUCUCCUGGGACUGUUUAUAUCUAACCCUCAGAAGAAGCAAACAAACAAUGAUGUCCAGAGAGGCAUGAAAAAAUGAGACUUCAUAUCCAAAUGCUCAUGUUCCCCUUUGAACAGAGCCCCUCAGGUUUCUUAUCAGUCCCAUGAUAGCCUGUUUUCCCCACCAAAUUGGUCAGUGUGCCCCCCCAUCCUCAUUUCCUUAUGUGUUCUGAGAGUAGAGCUCUGUUUUUCAUCAGCAGGUCAAGGGCCAAACCUCAGUCACUCCUGCUUCUAAAUCCCAGCUUAAGCAACUCAGCAAGAAAACCAGUCAGAAGAGUUUCAAGCAUGUUUCACAGACAACAGACAAAAAAGGACUUCAGAGUAAACAGACAUAUACAGGAUUCGUGCAGAAUCUUCCUAAAUGUUUUGGGGCUUGAAAGUGCUUAAAAAGAAAACUGCAGAGCUAAGAGACUCCAAGAUUAUAAUAUGACCAGUCCAGGAGCC